AUGUCUGAAAAAAGAAAAGCUAACAAAAGGAAUAAAACACGAGGUCGACUUUCGCCGUCUUCAGCUCCACCGGUACAACAAAAAAGGUCAGUGUUAUAUUGGAAAAAAAAAUAUCCAUCGUCCAAAUUACAUAAUACCCGAUUUACAUAACUCUGGAAAUAAGCAAUUUAUAUAUAUUUUUUAAGAGAAAUAUAUAUUUCAUAAAUUAAUAAUUGUUGAUUCAUUUUAGUACAUGUAUUUCAAUGAUAAAAAUAUAUAGUUAUAGUUAUAAAUAUUAUAGAACUGUAAGCAGAACAUAUUUUGCAUAUCGUGCAAUAACACUUCAUAAAAUUGUAAUAUGUUCAUAUGAAUGUUCAUAAAAGUCUUUUAUUCCAAAAUAAAAACAUUUUGAAAAAUAAAAGAUGAUCUGUAUACUUUACAAUACAAAAUUGGUGUUUUUUAAAUUAAUAUUUAAAUUUUUAACUUGCAUAUGAAUAUGUUGUCUCAAUCAUAUGAAUAUGAUUACUUUUUAACUACGUGUUAAACAUUGCAGCCAACAUCAUAGUUCAAAUAACAUAUUAUAGAAAGCUAGUUUAAGUAAAUAAUACCGUAACCUUUGGAUGUGAUGGAUAUAAAAAUCGUAUAAGAUGUUUUGUUAGAAAGUCUUUUAGAUUUUUCGUUUAAAAUUUACUAUAUAUUUCUUGUUAAUUUCGAAACGAACUGAAAUCGUCAGUUUUCUAAGAGUGUACCUCCUGCUCUAUUUCUGGAAAAAUCAAGUUACUUCUGAGCCUGCGCAGUUACUACUAGCUUGCGUAACUUAUAAAAGCAUUAAAGAUUUCGUUGCAGUAUCAGAUAAAGCUUUUGAGCGUGCGAACGUUUUCUACGAAAUCUAGUGUACAGAAAGAAAAAGCACAAAAUAUGCCACGACGUGGACGAGUUGCAAAUCCUCCACCGAGGACAGUUAGACGAGCUGCAGCUCCAGCUCCAGCUCCAACUACUCCAGCACAUGCUCCCGCAUCAACACCAAUGGUUGCUCAACCUCAACAACCAUCCCUCAUGGGACAAAUGGCUGCCACUGCUGGAGGUGUAGCAAUUGGUUCUGCUGUUGGUCAUACCAUUGGACAUGCAGUGACUGGCCUCUUCAGUGGAGGUUCCAGUGAAGCUGCUGCUGCUCCAGCAGCUGCACCUGCAAUGGCACAAAAUGCACCACCUAUGUCUGCACCUGCUGGCGGUGCCUGUGCGUGGGAAGUCAAACAAUUCUUAGAAUGUGCCCAAAAUCAAUCUGAUUUAACAUUGUGUGAAGGAUUCAACGAAGCCAUUCGUCAGUGCAAAGCAUCUAAUAAUUUAAAACAAAAACAUCACCUCAACCAUGGACAAAUAACAAUCAACCCUCUACUUUUCAAACUGCUGCUAGUACAGCAGCUGAAGUUGCCAUUGGGUCUGUUAUAGGCCAAGCAAUUGGAAGCACACGUGCUGGCAAUGUAGGAUAUGUGUCUUCUGCCAAUACAGACCCUAGAAGUAAUUCUACAAAUACACAAGAAUUAUGUAUUCCCGAAAUACGAAAAUUCUUUGAAUGCACUUUGAGAAAUGCAAAUCUGGAUACAUGCAAAGCUUAUCAUGAUAUGUGGAUGAAAUGUCAAAAUGUAUACAGACAACAAAAUUAA